AUGGCUUCAGCGCGGACGAUGCAGACUCACCUCGCAUCGGGCACCGGAGGAGGGGCGGGACAAGGCAGCGGUGGUCAAGCAGGGCAGAUCGAAGCGAAGCGGGCGCGCAACAAGCUGCGCAAGGAGGAACGGACGGGCAGCGUCCUUCCGCCGCCCAGCCAGUGGAGCAGGGGACCGAUCGUCUAUGGACAUGCGACGGCUUUGGGCGGAGUAGGGCAGACGGGGUACCAAGCAGCGCUGCCCUCGUCCAGCUAUGCGACGAGUCAGACGGGCGCAGGGUACGCGGCGGGAACGAGCUACGGGACGAUGGGGACGGCGUACGGCACGACGAGCGGGAUCAGCGCAGGGAAGGGCGCGUACGGUGUCGGCCAGACGACAAGCGGGCGGCUACAGGCCAAGAUCGAGGAGGCAAAGGAGAAGAGCAAGGAGCGGAGGGAGCGACAUCGGGCGAAACGGCGGCCGGACGAGAUUCAGCAGCGGAACUUGGUGGUCGACAACGAGGGCGUCGCGCACGACUCGGAGUACGUCCAGUUUCGGACAGCGACGCCCGUGCACCUCCAGCGACGGCAACUUGCGGCGCUCAACAACCCAAACGACGACGACUCUGCCUCGUCCUCGUCUUCCUCCGAAUCCGACCGUGACUCUGCCUUCCACUCUUCGCCCUACACCUACCAAUCGACACAUCGGACAACGACGACCUCGUCCCAUCCGCACCGCCACCAUUCGUCGUCCCUCUACCCUCCGACGAUCUCUGCCAUCCCGCCUUACCUCGCCGAUCACAGCCGAACAUCCAUCGACGCCGGCCCGUCCUCCCUCUCUGUCCCACACGCGCCCGACUCCAGCCGAAGACCAAGCGGCUCAGCCUCGCUCUACAACGGAGCCUCUGCUUCGAGCGCGGCAUACGACCGCAUCGGCCCGGGCUACGGCUCGCGCGUCACGUCAUCAAAGCUGAGAUCAGUCUCCACGCCCGUCCGCCAGCACCCGACGACCGCCUCGUACCAGCCUCCCGCACCUGCUUUCAACCCGAACGACCCGCUGCGACUACCCACUCUCGGCACCUCCAUCGUCUCAGGCGGCGACGCCUCUUUCAACCAAGAGUCCACCGCACGCCUCUCGCUUGGUCCCGACUCGACAGCCGGCGGCGCAGGCCAAAGCGGCUACGACAAAGCUGUCAAAGCAGGGCAUGCGUCUUCGUCCACCCGCCCGCCGAAGAUGGACGGGUCGGCGAUGGGUGCGGGCAUGCACGGCUUGCAGAGGAGCUUUGAUGCGUUCAAGCUCGACACGAGCGUCGCUGGGGCGUCUAUACUUAUCUCCCUCGCGCUCAUACACACUCGCACGUCAUGCACACACUCUCUCGCCCGCGCUGUACUCUUUGUCGUCCUCGCGCUCUCCCUCUCGCUCCCUCAAGCAGUCUUUGUUGUCGCUCCUGCUUCUCGCGCUCUCGAGCUUUGCGUUAUUCUGCAGGACGCCACUUCCUCAUGUUCUGCUCCACUGGCGCGUGGAACUGCCGGCUUGAAGCUUGAAGGGCUUUGUCUACGUCGCUUGCGCAUCUCUGCAGAACUUCGCUUCUUCUUCUUCUUCUUCUUCUUCUUCUUCUCCUCCUCACCUCUCUCUACUGCUUGCUAUCGAGCAAACGCCCUGCCAACCGCACCACAGCCCACCACCGUUCGCCAACCCGGGCCAGCCCUCGCACGCGCCAUUUUUUGCAGUCUCGCCGCCCUCCUUCCCCUCGUCUACGUUGUGGCAGCCGUCCUGGGCGAGGGAAGCCAGAACUUGGCCGCCCGCGCUCUCGCCUACAUCCCCCGUUAUCUCUACCGCUUCUGCGCCGACACGUUCCAGCCCUUCCUCGAGCUCGGCACUCGCCUCGCCGUCUACCUUACGCAGCACUGGAUCCUCACCGGGUGCCUCAUCAUUUGUGCGGCUCUGGUGCAGACUACAACCGUUGCGACGAUGGCAAUCUGCGCCCAAGUGACUCUGGCCAAUCGCGUCGCAAUCUCUUUUUUCGGAUGCAACGCUCUCGUCCUCUCCUUCGUCGUGCCCAAGGUUAGCCAAGUUGGAGUCCUUGCGGUCAUGUGCACGUUGUGGCUCUUGAAUGAUUGCGCGGCAUUCGCCUGGCACGACAAUACGACCUUACCGACCUACAUUGUCGAAAAAGUUGCGUUGUUUUACGACACGCUCCCGUACUACCACUACCACAAGAAUGCGGCAGUCAAGCCGCUCGACUCGCCAACCCUUUCAAAGGCCGAGGAGGGCCGCCGCCCGCACCAGCAGCAACUGUCGAGCGGCACCUCGCCGUGA